GGCUGCCGGGCCGGCCCGGGCGCCCGGGGGCUGGGGGGUGGGGGGUGGGGGAGGCCGCGGAGCGCCGAAGCGGGGGCCCGGGCCGAGGGUGCGGCAGGGCUGCGCGCACGCUGGGGCGCGUGGAGGGGCGCGGAGGGCGAGAUGAGUCUGGUGGGGGGCUUCCCCCACCACCCGGUGGUGCAUCAUGAGGGCUAUCCGUUCGCCGCCGCCGCCGCCGCUGCUGCCGCCGCGGCCGCCAGCCGCUGCAGCCACGAGGAGAACCCGUACUUCCACGGCUGGCUCAUCGGCCACCCCGAGAUGUCGCCCCCCGAUUACAGCAUGGCCCUGUCCUACAGCCCCGAGUACGCCAGCGGCGCCGCCAGCCUGGACCACUCCCAUUACGGGGGGGUGCCGCCGGGCGCUGGGCCCCCAGGCCUGGGGGGGCCGCGCCCGGUGAAGCGCCGGGGCACCGCCAACCGCAAGGAGCGGCGUAGGACUCAGAGCAUCAACAGCGCCUUCGCAGAGCUGCGUGAGUGCAUCCCCAACGUGCCCGCCGACACCAAGCUCUCCAAGAUCAAGACUCUGCGCCUGGCCACCAGCUACAUCGCCUACCUCAUGGACCUGCUGGCCAAGGACGACCAGAAUGGCGAGGCGGAGGCCUUCAAGGCAGAGAUCAAGAAGACAGAUGUGAAAGAAGAGAAGAGGAAGAAGGAGCUGAAUGAAAUCUUGAAAAGCACAGUAAGCAGCAACGACAAGAAAACCAAAGGCCGGACGGGCUGGCCACAGCACGUCUGGGCCCUGGAGCUCAAGCAGUGAGGAAGAGGAGGAGGAGGAGGAGGAGGAAGAGAAGGAGAGCUCCAGCAGGGCCCAGGAGCUGGAUGCAGACCCAGGACUCCAGGCAAGCUCUGCGUGCUCUGCUCUGAGGACUUCCUGCAUUUGAAUCAUCCGGUUUAUUUAUGUGCAAUGUGCCUCCCUCUCUUUGCCCCCCUUCGAGGCAUCCGAUCCCCACCUUCCCCUCCAAAAAAAAAAAAAAGUGGAUAUUUGAAGAAAAGCAUUCCGUAUUUUAAUAUGAAGAGGACACUCCUUCGUGGUAAGGGAUCCCGUCGUUGUCUUGUAGAGUCUCUGUUUGUGAAUGUUUCCUCCUGCUGUGUAGACACCAGCGAUGCUCCCUCUCCACUUACCUAAACCCUUCCAGAUAAAGACAGCGGGACACUAGUGUGUAUGUGAAGUGUAUCUUUAAUACUUGGCCUUCGGAUAUAAAUAUUCUUGGGGAUUAUAAAGUUUUAUUUCAAAGCAGAAAACGGGCGGCUAACAUGUCCGUUGGGCUUUCCUGUUGGCUUGGCGGUAAAGAAUCCGCCUGCCAAUGUAGGAGACUCGGGUUCGAACCCUGGGUGGGAAAGAUCCCCUGGAGAAGGACCUGGCAAUCCACUCCAGUAUUCUUGCCUGGAAAAUCCCACGGACAGAGGAGCCUGGCGGGCUACAGUCCAUGGGGUCGCAAAAGAGUAGGACACAGCUUAGCAACUAAACCACCACCACAAUCAUGUAUGUUGGGGUUAAGUGUCUAGCGCCACAGUUCCAUCUGAUGUGGUUCCCACUUUGAAGAUGUUUCCAACAGCUCCUUGUUUUGUGCACUUCCGUCCUCUAAAAUUAAGUGGAAUUAAUAUUGAAGGUGUAAACGUUGUAAGUAUUCAAUAAACCACUGUGUGUUUUUUUUUUUUUUACAAAACCCCUAUCUUUUAAUGGUUGAUACCUCAAGAGAGUUUUGAAAACAAAACUGUUAUAUUUGUUUUCAUUAUAUUUAAAAUAUUCAGAAGUAAACUAAAUUAUCGUGA